UUAAAGAUAGAGAUUUGCCAAAGGGGUCACACACAACCCACUGCUGGGUUGAGAACUGCUUGUCUACAAGAAACCAGUCCUCCUGGUGUCUUGAUUUUAGCCCUAAAAUCAUUUUGGAUUUUGGCUUCCCAAAAUUCAAUAGGAUAAACUGGGUUAUAGAUGAGUCAUGCAGACUGUGUUCACUAACAGCAGCAAGAGGAGACCCAGGGAAAUGAAUAGCAGUUAUUUCUGCUCACUUGGCAUUAUUUCAGGUUGCUUUUAUGAGCAAAGCUUGUCUUACCUAGCAACAGUUAUUAAGUAAGUUGACAACUUAAUGCUAGACACUAGGAGGGUGAAACUACUUAUAUCUUCCCAACCCAGUGCUCAACCUUGAAAGGCAGAGGCUGGCAGCACCAUUCUUUAGACAUACAGCAACUGCCAAAUCAUGAUGAAUUAUUUAGUCUUUGCCAGGCUCUAGUAGAAUCUUGAAACCCUGCCCCCACUCCAGCUAUCUUUAGACUUCUAGCUUCUCUUGAAACCACCAUUUUUUUUUCUGAUCCUGAUAUUAUUUUAACUGUAAGUAGUAAAAGCUAUCAGAAAUUUAACUAUGAUCAGAAAUCCAGAUUAUACUAAUUUUGUUUGCUGUGCCGUUUGCAAUAAAAUAAUUCCACCAGCCCCUUUUGGGGAAACUUUCAAACGAAUUCAUGAAUACAAGCCAUUUAAGACACGAUUCUACACUCACAAAGAUAUCUUGGAUAUUGGGGCAAGUAUUCUGAACAAAGAAGAGCAGUUUCAAGAGGCUGUGCUCAAGGAAAACAUAAAAAAAGCAGAAGCUAAAGUGUGGGAAAAGGCUGAAGUGCUCCGAAAACAAGCAGUGGAUCAAGCUCUUGAAGAUGCAGAUGCCAAACACAAAUUUGAAAUUCGGGUUCUGGAAGAACAACAUCAAAGAGACUUAAAGGCUCUAGCAGCUAAAACCAAGGUGGAGAUGAUUCAACAGAUGGAAGAAGAGCUGAAGAGAGAGCACACAGCUGCAGAACAGCGUAUGGUCCAUCGGAUCCAGAGAAUUAUGAUGGAAUGUCACCGGGAGAAGAUGGAGGCUGUGAAGAAAGCCAGGGAAGAAGAGAGAAAGAUUGCCCAGAAAGCUAUCGAGGACCAGAAAAGCAAGGCUCUGGAGGAGCUUGUAAAUACUGGUGUGACAGCUAUCAAAGACCCGAAGGUAAGCUUGGGCCAGUUGAUAAAAGCAAAGGAGCAUGAGAUGAAUGUCUACUAUGGCAUGGCUCAGAGGCAGAAGCAAGAAGAAGUACAAGAAGUGCUUCAGGAGGCAGAAAAAACACAUCAGGCCACCCUUGACAAUGUGAUGGGCAAACUGGUCAAUACCCAGGGGGAGCUGCUGUCUAUGGCAAAGCAACUGGGGAUCAUGACAAACUGGAAGGAUUUUCUGGAGGAGGAAUUACAGGAAACCAGGGCUGCAUUUCAGAAGUACAUCAAUUACACCUUCCCGAAGCUCUCCCCAGGACAUGCCGACUUCAUUCUGCCCGAAAGAAAGAAAACACCUUCCAAUCUUGCUAAGGAAAAGGAACCGAGUACUGACUAGAGGUCAUUGGCUGAAAGGUCACAUGACACAAGACAAUGUUCCAAACUAAAUAAAUGUAUUCAGAACUGGCUGUUGGUAUGUGGUCAGAGUGCUGUUGGGCUGUAAGAAUUUUCAACUGCCUUUUAAAAUUAUCCUAACAGUUAUAGUUAUUUCUGUUUUGUUUAUUUGUUUGUUUCUUUCUUUCUCUCUCUCUCAAAGUAAUGAAAUCUCUUACGGCAUUUUCAAACUCAGUUGUGUCCUGAUGUUUCUCAUGUUCUCUUCUCUCUCUCUGUUUUCUGUGAUGUGAAUGUUUUCAUGGAAAACUAAAAUAUUGAAAAGCAUAUCCCAAGGCACUUGUGAGCACCACCUCUACCUGCAGAGUGGAGACAAACUAAUUAGGAAGGGAAAAUGGUAUUUAGAAAAAAAUGGAAGCACACUUCUGUGCCCAGCUUGAAUUGUUUUUGCAUCAGAUCUGUAAGUGUGCUCAUGUUUAUUACAGUUGGAAAUAAGGAAAGAACAUGUUGUGUGCUGUAACCUACAGAAGGGAGAUUAGUGUUCGGUUAACAAAAACAUCAAGUUUCAUCAAAUAUAUUAAGGUAAAUUUUUAGUUCUUGGCCUUGCAUAUAAAUAAUUCAGAGAGGAUUCACCUAUAUUUUCUUGUUGUGAAAGAAAAUUGUCUAUAAUAGUUAGGGAUUGAGAGUUUUCUAUACCUGACCCUUCUGUCCCUGGACUAAGAAUUCCAAUA